AUGGGCUGUAGUGGGAGCUGUAGCCAUACCGUGGAGCCAGCCAGUGAUAUCUCGGUGUUCUACGUGCCGAAGAACUUUCCAACACCUCCCAAGAACCUCGAGCCAGACAGCUCCACCCACCAUCUCCACGUCCGGCAGCUGAACAGCUACCUCAUCAAUGUCGCCAAGAGUCCGCAUACCUUCCAAGCGCAGGUGGCGAGGCGCCGCAAGGCACGCUUUGGGGAGGCGUGGGCUGAAGGCAACGUGCCGGAUAUGUCGGUGCAACCUCGAGAUCCUCGUGGCGAGGGCAAGUGGCUCCGUGUUUGCCCGUGA